AUGUCAAUCAACCUUUUGGCAGACCGGUCUGCAAAAUCAUUGGCCGCGCUUAAUGAAACCGGACUAGAGGUGCUUUCGAGACUGGAAUUGUCCAACUCCAAGUCUCCCAAAUCUCUCUUGGUACAGGAACUGUUCAGUGAAAGCUAUUCAUUGCUAAAGCCUUUGCAAGACAAAACGGUACACUCUAAGUAUUAUAAGCAAUUGCUCCAUAAAUUGGCUAGAGUACUCAGUCACUUCAAAGAUGGGCUCAUUGAGCCUCAGGAUAAAGACUUGGCCCAAUUGCAGUAUCUGAUCUCCUUCUACGCCACUAUAGCUUUGGUCACCGUCUCCAGUCAUAUUCUGCUUAAUCACACGCUCAAAGUUUCGGAAGACAUCGAUUACUACGACAAGGUACUCAGCUCCAACCUCAACACCUGUGUCUAUACGAUUCAGACGCUCCCGGUGACCUUGAAAAAGGGAUUUGACAGUUUGGUGAGCGAGGCAGUGCGCAAGAGUGUAAACUCUGCCAGCACCGAGAAUUUGGCUCCUAGCUGGGUCCCCCAGAGAUUUUCGUCCUUCUGCUCUAACAUCAUAAAAUGGAUUCGUUUCCUCAUAGAGGCCACGUCCCAGAACCUCCGUCAUCUGUUGCUCUCGCCAACAGGCUUCCUGGUUGAGAAACAUCGCAAAACCAACAGUAUUGUGCGCCACUUUGUAUCCACUGUCGUGGGACUUCCUAUAGCAUAUUGCAAAAUGGAAGUCAAGCAUAAAAGAGACACGCUAGAGGAGCUGAAACACGAGAAUGUUGAAAAGCUUGGUUUUCUGUUGAAGGAAAUGCCGUACAACUCUCUAGCAGAGCAGCCAGACGCUAUUUCUUCUUUUAUUCCGAAACUUGCUGGCUUAUAUCUACCAUCAGCAUCAGACAUAGCAGACCAUUCGCUGGAAACAUCUUUGAGAUCACUGUCGCUUUUGUUCGAGACGCUGCCCCAAAUGAAGAAAGAGCUGGAGUUAAAAUAUCGUCAAAACCAAGAGCCUAGGAAACUGCUCAAAUACUGGCUUCCGAUCUGUGCUGCUCUGUGGUACGGCCCAAACCUGGCCUAUGACCUCGUUUCCAACAGGGAAGCCAUCUUCAAUUGGCUGAAACUCAAUCUGGUGGAUACCACCGCUGGAUUCUGGCACAACUGGAUUGUGGAGCCAUUCAAUAAUAUUCUCAGAACAAUAAGACACGACGAGAACUCACGCAUUGCGAUCAUGUCCCAAAAGUCGCUCUCCUCGGACUUGGAGUCGCUCGAGAGAAUGGUGCUAGAGUACUCUCUGGACAACCAGGCCUAUUUUGGUCAGAGCGAGGGGAUGUCCCAAGACAUGGCGGAACUAGUGAAACGAGAGGUGGCACAAGGGAACCUCGAGAUCGUGAUGAAAGGCUACGAAAACGACCUCAAGUCUCCUCUCAAGUCCAUCAUUCUCGGGGAUAUGGUCAGAAACCUGCUGAUCCAAGUCCAAAAGAUGAAAGUUGACGGCGCAUUGGCCAUGUCUGGAAUUGACAAGAUCAUCCGGUCUCAGGAAUUGGUCUUUGGAUUUGUAGCCGCCUCUCCUAGCUGCUUGAUUGUCUGGUACAUGGCGAAAGUUGUUAGGUCGUACCUAAAAACGGGCUAUUUCAUCAAGUUCACCAGAGAUACAAAAAUCGCUCUGCGCCGCUCGCUCAGCAACCUUGAGAGAUUGGUGGAUCUCGAACUAACCACGUCUGACUCCUCCACUUACUUCAACGAGGGCUUGCUUCUGCUGGAACUGGUGAACUUGCGCAAGCUGGGUCUGCAAAUCCUUCCUGUGUAUGCAAGACAGGACUGGAUUAGAGACCUCAAUGAUUUAUCAGACCAAAAUUACGACUACAACUUCAAACUCAUGACCAUCUCAAGAAUAUGGAACAGUUACAGAACACUCAUAGAAUAG